AUGGAGCUGCUGGCCGGGAACCUCAGCGAGGGCAACGCGAGCGGGCCGGAGCUCCCCGCCCCGGACCCGCCGCCGCUCUUCGGCAUUGGCGUGGAGAACUUCAUCACGCUGGUGGUGUUCGGCCUGAUCUUCGCGCUGGGCGCGCUGGGCAACAGCCUGGUGAUCACCGUGCUGGCGCGCAGCAAGCCGGGCAAGCGGCGCAGCACCACCAACCUGUUCAUCCUCAACCUGAGCAUCGCCGACCUGGCCUACCUGCUCUUUUGCAUCCCCUUCCAGGCCACCGUGUACGUGCUGCCCACCUGGGUGCUGGGCGCCUUCAUCUGCAAGUUCACCCACUACUUCUUCACGGUCUCCAUGCUCGUCAGCAUCUUCACGUUGGCCGCGAUGUCGGUGGACCGCUACGUGGCCAUCGUGCACGCGCGGCGCUCCUCCUCCCUGAGGGUGUCCCGCAACGCGCUGCUGGGCGUGGGCUGCAUCUGGGCGCUGUCCAUCGCCAUGGCCUCGCCCGUCGCCUACCACCAGCGCCUCUUCCACCUGGACGGCCGCAACCAGACCUUCUGCUGGGAGCAGUGGCCCGACCCGCGCCACAAGAAGGCCUACGUCGUGUGCACCUUCGUCUUCGGCUACCUGCUGCCCCUGCUGCUCAUCUGCUUCUGCUACGCCAAGGUCCUUAACCAUCUGCAUAAAAAGCUGAAGAACAUGUCGAAGAAAUCGGAGGCAUCGAAGAAAAAGACGGCGCAGACGGUGCUGGUGGUGGUCGUGGUCUUCGGGGUCUCCUGGCUGCCGCACCACGUCGUCCACCUGUGGGCCGAGUUCGGCGCCUUCCCGCUGACGCCCGCCUCCUUCCUGUUCCGCGUCACGGCGCACUGCCUGGCCUACAGCAACUCGUCGGUGAACCCCAUCAUCUACGCCUUCCUGUCCGAGAACUUCAGGAAGGCCUACAAGCAGGUGUUCCGGUGCCAGCUUCGCCGUGAGGCGCCCCCCGGCGAGAGCAAGGAGAACAGGAGCCGAGCGGACACCCCGCCGUCCACCAACUGCACGCACGUGUGA